GUAUAGUGUUCCUGCUUGUUAAAAUAUUAUAGGUCACGUGGUGUUUUGACAUCUUUCGACGAGAUGUCAGAUUUUAAUUUGAAUCAAGUGUGUUAAGAGAACAUCCUCCAUUCCUUAGACGUGUUAAAAUAUAUCCACAAUGUGUUAUGAAAGAUGUCUCUUGACUCUUACCUAAAACGUCUUUACCGUGCCUUAUGUCACAUCUCACUCUUUAAUCAAAUGUCCAUUAAGUACAUAUAUGUACUUAUAUCACCACUGGUGAAUUAUGAGGCUUUGAGCAGUAAAUGUUAAAUUAGAAAAAGUUUACUGAAUACUUGAUUUUCCAGAAAUGCCUCGCAAGUAAAUGUAUUUGUUCAUUUGUGCAGCAAAUUAAUAGGAACAUCUGCAACUCUGUUAACUCUGCGUCUAUUUAAAAACUUAAAUUAGGACUAAGAUGCAUCUGAAUAUUCAUACAUUGUAUAGCAAGGACAAUACACUUGCAAAAAUGUUUCGGCCCUGGUGUUGCGUCACACAAACGUGUUACUAAAACCCCAGGAAACGCUCACUCCUAACUGGGUUUCCAUAAUAAAACCAGAGAUUACAGAAUGUAUGAACUGACCAGUCAAUGGGAUGAAAACCAGCACUGGUUUGAUUUCACUAGUGUAGUUACAAAGUGUCCACAGAUGUGAAGACAGCCCCAUAUAUAAUGACCACCUGUUUAUUUUACAGGUGGGGAAGAUAAAAGUAGCUACAAUGUGACAUGAAUUGUCUUCUGUAAUUGUCUCAGUUGACCACUAGGUGGCAGUGCUGUAGUUUAAUCCGCAGAUAAACUAAUGGAGCAACACUUAAAACAAUGAAGCAUGUCAAAAUUAAAGUAUUACAACACAUUGAAUACGUAUAUCUGUUUAACACUCAUGCCACAAACAUGCCGGCAUAUAUAAAACUCCUCAAAGGGGCGUUUUUACGCGCUCCCGCACGCUAUCUCCUCCUGUCCUGACUCGGUGCGCGUUCCCGCUGGUGACUGUUGUACGAGUCUGGAGCAGCUGUCGGUCGGAUAGGAGCUCGGGGUCCUCACGCAGACGCGGAGACGUCGUCGGAGUGUGAUUUAUUUCUUCUUCCAUGUAAAAGAAAAAAUAAUAAUCUCCGUCGGAUUUCACUUUGCAACAACACCGUUGACUCUGCAGGACUUCUACGGUUUCCCUCACGUGCAGCUGAGAGUGUGUUUCCACAAACGAGCAUGCUUUAAUCAUUGCCUUUGUUUGAUAUGAGACGGGGUUAAGAUCUCCGGAGCCUGCUUUAGUGAAGGGAGGCUAAUUCAGGUUGUGGCCGAACUUUUUUUUUUUUUUUCCUUCCUCGGGGUUAGGGAUGUCUUCGGCUCGGGUGGAUUACAUUGCGCCCUGGUGGACUUACUGGCUUCACAAUUUCCCUCAUAUCAACCUGAGGUUGCAGCCCAUCGACAACAGCUUCCAGCCCGAAGAAGAGAACUACCAGCAGUCCCUGAUAUUCCUGGGCUGCGUGGCGGCUGCGGGGCUCGGCCUCAACCUGCUGUGCCUGGCCAUCUACCUGAGCUGCUUGUGCUGCUGCCAAAAAGACGAAGAGGAGGAGAGCAAGAAGCCCAACUCCUGCUGCGUCACCUGGUCCGCCGUCGCUGCCGGCCUCAUCACAUGCAUCGCGGUGGGUGUGGGAUUCUAUGGCAACAGCGAGACCAAUGACGGCGUGUACCAGUUGACCUACUCCCUGUACAACGCCAAUCACACGCUGGGCGGCGUGGACAGCCUGGUGACUGGAACCAUGGGCAACAUGAGGAGCGGCCUGCACCAGCACCUCGCCAGGCUGGACGAGAUCUUCGCCACGCGGGGCGACUACGUGCAGACCCUGCAGUUCAUGCAGCAGAUGGCCGACAACGUGAUCAAACAGCUGCUGGGCCUGCCUGACUGGGAGGAGGCUAAGGUGGACCUGGCAUCCAUCGCUGAUCAAACAGCGAACAUGGAGUACUACAGGUGGCUCACCUACCUGCUGCUCCUCAUCCUGGACCUGAUCAUCUGCCUGCUGGCCUGUCUGGGGCUGGCCAAGCAGUCUCGCUGGCUGCUCACCACGAUGAUGGUGUUUGGAGUGCUGACGCUGGUCCUGAGCUGGACCUCUCUGGGAGCCGACCUGGCCACUGCUGUGGGCACAAGUGAUUUCUGCGUAGCCCCAGACAAGUUCCUCUUGAGCCAGACAAAGGGCGUCAUCGGCUCUGAUAUUGUUCAUUACUACCUUUACUGCAACCAGACCCUCUCCAACCCCUUCCAGCAGCCUCUGACCAUCUUCCAGAGGUCCCUGACCACCAUGCAGAUCCAGAUCCAGGGUCUGCUGCAGUUCGCCGUGCCUCUGUUUCCCACAGCUGAGAGAGACCUACUGGGCAUCCAGCAUGUGCUCAACUCUUCGGAGGCCAGCCUGCACCAGCUGACCGCCCUGUUGGACUGCAGGGGGCUCAACAAGGACUACCUGGACGCAAUGGUGGGGGUGUGCUAUGACGGGGUGGAGGGCGUCCUCUACCUCUGCCUCUUCUCCACCCUGGCAGCCUGUGCCUUCACUGUCAUGCUGUGUGCCAUUCCCAGGGCAUGGAGACAAAUUGCAUGCAGGGAACGAGAUUAUGACGACAUCGACGAGGAGGAUCCAUUCAACCCGCGGGCGAGGAGGAUGGCCUCUGAGAACCCCAACCUCACCAACAUGCACAGCUUCUGCAGCUACAGCAGCAGCAUGGGCAGCCAGAACAGCCUUCACCCGCCCGCCCCGGCUGUCUCCAACGCCCCCGUGUCGGAGUACAUGAACCAGGCGGCUCUGUUCGGGGGAAACCCGCGGUACGAGAACGUCCCUCUGAUAGGACGAGGCUCUCCACCCCCCUCGAUAUACUCCCAGCAGUAUAGGAACCGAGUAAGUCUUUUCAACUCUUCCUCUGGGUUAACUCACUCACUUUUACCUCUGUUGCAUCUUUUCCUUCACCUCACAUCACUUCGUUUGUUUCCUGUGCAGUUUUCCUGUUCGGCAUGGCUUUUUCAAACUCACAACCUGUCGUCCUCAUUCUCAGAGAGUCUGUUUGAGUCAGUGAGGGCGUGUCUGCCCCCUGGCGUUCACGGGGUGCUGGGCAGUCACGUCCCUGGGUUUCCUCACAGUUAGCCUCCCUGUGCAUGCAGUUCUGCUCCACUCAUUCAAUUCUACAGCUUGCACUGCCGCAAGGUGUUCUGCACCAGUCGUAGUGUACUGCUAUAGAAUUUAUUUUAUCUGGGUAUUGACAGAUUAAAAAACGACGCUACUGUUAAUGUCAAAGUGAUUGACGUGUUAGUAAUUGUACAAAGUGUAAAUUACAUUGGUUUUCUUUGCCAUGAGUCAGUUUUGUAGGUAUGAGUUAAAGGAGUACUCCGCAGAAAAAUCUCUCUUUUGAGCGUAGAACAUUCUCAUUCCUGUAGGCUUGAAGGUGGCUCUGAAAUGUUUGUGACGUGCUUCUUUGUGGAAGAUGACUAGACUCCCAGCGGUUACGACGGAUUCCAAAAGGCAGCCCAAAGUUGUGUGAAAAUGUGUCAAAAUGUCCUUAGAAACUUCUGAAACCACUCCUGUGAGCCGUGAAUUUAAGUCCACAUCCUGCUUGCUUCAGUAUAAGGUCAACGGCAGAGAGGUGGAUGAUGCUGCAGCAGUAACGGGGACAAGCAAACAAGUCCAGAGGGGCACAACCAGACAGGCGGAAGGCAGACAGUGGGGAAAAAACAAAACAACAAGAACAAAAAAGGCUAAACAUAGUGUAGUACUCGGUGGGUGAAGGUCAGAUACUAUAAACCUGCCCUUUAGCCAGUGGCUGAUGAGUAAAUCGGGAGCAUUGGUGCAGGUGGGUGUGGGGGUCAGGUGGUGAAAGCUGGUGAGAGCAUAUCUGGAACACCUGCUGGAAUAGCCGGAUCUGAAAUGGCAGGAAAUAUUAAAGGAAUGGCUCGGCAUUUUGGGAAAACUGUUUGCUUUCUUGCCAAGAGUUGAUGAGAUCCAUACCGCCCUCAAAUCUGCAUCAUGCAAAUUUGCAUUCUGCAAAAGAUGGAGCUAUAGCACACAGUUAGCUUAUAAGACAAGGGGAACAGCUAGCAUGGCUGUGUCCGAAGUAGCAUGUGUUGUCAUUUAUUGGUGAAAUGACAACACUGCCAUAGUCUGGGCCGCCACUUCAAUCCAUCGAAACUUCUGCGUAUCCAAGCUGACUACACCUGCUAAGCCUCACUCUUUACAGUCACCUUUCAAUCCUACACGUGGUGAGAAAUUGAUGGUUUUCAGUGGACUAUUCCUUUAAAUCCUCAUGGCAUUUUAUUUCUUAUUAGCUGAUGAUUAGGUUCAGUUUGUGAAACCUCACCCUGACCUCGUAGAAUCAGCUCGUAACAUCCUCCGUGUGUGUCUGUGUGUUUGUGUGUGUGUGUGUGUUUGCCUUUUUCCUCCACAGUACUCACCCAGCAUGCGGGCCACCUAUCUGUCCAUGACGGAGGAACAGAUUAGACACUUUGGGAACGACUUCCAAGCAUAGACUUCUUUAUCUGACCGAGGACGGAAACAGCAUCACACACUCACACACACUCUGCAGACAAACAGUGUGUGGCCACUCCAAGCAUCCCAGAGGGGCAGUGUGUGACAUCUCAUCAGUCCAGGACUCCGAGGUCUGUGCGGUGUUGGGACAGUAGAACCAUAUCGGUGGUAUAUUUUGGAGGGAACUUGCUAAAUAUUCCUGACACGUGCUGUCGAACUUAACCUGCUGUUGAUACGUUGUGUUCGUCAUGCUGUGUCCUCUAUUGGGGAGGCAUUGAGGGAAGAUCUGUCUUUAUAUACCUGAGGAUUCAUUCCUCACUGCAGUAAAACAUAGCAAAGUGUUCACUAUAAAGUAAGAAAACAACCUGACAAUUAAAUAAGAAUUCAUCCUUCCCUCCCUUUUUUAUUACAUUACGAAACUUACAUUCAGGUCUCCAAAGAGAAAAAUGUGAACAUGACAGCUGAUGUAAACAUACUAUUUGAUAUGUAUUGCGCUUCGUCCUUGGUAUUUGUGAAGCACAAACGCAGCACUGGCAGCACACAGCGGGAGGUAUUGUUGAGGUAUUUAUUUACAUUCCCACACAGACACGCCUGCAAGUGAAGCUUUAUGUUUCUCAAAUCUCCUGGAGACGAGACUACCUUGAGACCACGGCUUUUGUAUAUAUAUAUAUAUAUAUUGUACAAUAACAGACAGUUGUCUCAUUCGGAUGUGGUUUAUUUUGAUUUUGUUUAAACAAUGUGCCAAUUUUAUAUAUUUUUUUUCUAGUUUUAUGUGGCGAUCUCACAUAGGAUCACUAUUUUUUUGUACUUUCUAAAGAGCCAUUAAUUCAUGUUCUCUACAUAUCUAAUCCCGCUAAUAAAGUUGCAGUUUAUCUCAUAACUUGGGAAGCCGUGCUGCAAUGAUGAAUGAGAAUAUUGAGGUAAUUAUUUUCAGCAAUUCAAACCAUCCAAACAAUACAUGUUUGUAUUGCCUAACAAUGGUUUUCUGUGGGGAUUAAAUACUUCAUUCUUCAUUCUUUUUAAGCAGUGUCAUUUCUUUAAGCAUGUUGCAUUGUACAGGCACUGAACAUGGUGCUUAAUUUUGUGUGACCCCAAAAAUAUGGGGUGUAACUGUGAGUUGAAUAAAUCUGUUUUCAGUACAACUUGA